AUGGUUGAUUCAGAAAUAAUUCGUUUAUUCGUGUUUAUAUCUUUACCUUUCUUAAUUGACAAAGGUCGAGAAUACAUGAGAACACGUGAACAAAAUCGCAACAAUUCAGAACGACCAAAAUCAAUAUUUGACAUUUUAAUUGUGUACCUUUUGAUUUUUACGAUUUUGAUUCAAGUUUAUUAUGCAAUUUGGUCCCCUCCUCCUAACAUUUUUAUAUCGAGUAACAUUUCACCCACCAUGUCACCCAGCGUUAUUCGAACCAUCCUUUUGACAAAAAAUUCAAAAUUAACGCCCAUAGAUAACCUCUUGCUUGAAAAAUUUUCAUCCCUUGAAAACCGAUUGAUCUAUGCAGCUUAUGGACAAGAAGCUUUACUUGACUGUAAUUAUUGUAAGAAUGUUACAGAUUAUUCAAUGUUCAUUAUUCCUAAUGUAGCUUGGUCUUAUGUCAUGAUGCUUAUGGUACUUGGAAUUUCUACUAUGGCUAGACGUAAAUCACAUUGGAGAAUUUAUGGUGUAAUAUUUCUUAUUGGAUGUGGAUUUUUCGAAUUAUAUACUUUAUUAUCAACUGACGUUAUAAAAAAUUCAGCACAUGGCAUUACAGAAUUUUUAUAUAAUAAUACAGAUUAUUAUAGAAGAAUGGCAUUUGCAGUGUUAUCUUUUACAAUAUUUUUCAUCAACAAAGCAGAUAAUAAAUCAGAUAUGGAUAUUAUACAAGAAAUUAAAAGAAAUCAAGAAAUUAUAAUACAUUGUAGUAAAGCAGCGAAUCUUCAACGUACUGCUGUAUUAAGAGAUAAUAAUUUGAGAAAAAUAUUUGAAGAAUUUUAUAGGAGAAGGGAGACAGAAGAGAAUGUUGUUGUAACGGAUCAGAGUUACAAAGAUGCCAGGAAUAAAACGUUGAGCAAGUUGAAUAUGGUAGGGUUGUUAAAGGAAGCACAAACAUAUGUUAGUAGCAUUACUGGCCUGAAAGAAGUGGAAAUUGAUAAUGAAUUAGUUACCGGAAUGCAGGGCUCUGCUGCUGCAAGAACAGCUUAUACUAGUAGUAGUAAUAAUAAUUAA